UUUUUUUUUGAGGGAAUAUUACUCCGUAUAACACAAGACUGCGAACUGCGAAUCACCAAGGUCGAAGAGGGUCGAGGGACUACCGGAGCUGCGGUGGAGACAAGAAACCCUGCCGACCUGCGGCCACCAGUUGCGCCGCCUCCCUCCGUCCACGUUCCACGGCCCUGCGUCAGCGGUCUUCCAUCUCCGGCUCUCCGAGUAACCAGUCCGAGUCUCUCCUCUGCGGCUGCCGGCUGCCUCCAGCUCCAGAGUCUGGGCCCUGUGCACGACGCCAAAUUUCUCCCCCAUUAGUGUGCCUCUUAUAGUGUAUAUCUUUUGGAUGUUGCAACCGUUGGUGCCAUCAUGCAACCAGAAACUGUUUCUGUUCAGAUAACCUGGUCGUCUUCAUUUUAUGCCCUUUGCGGAUAGUUUGCUACCCAGAAACUUUUCUCUUUCACAAGUUGAAAAAUUCAUACCCAAGAAGUGGCGACAAUGUGUUAAAGUGUCAGACAUUAAAAAGAAUAUUGAAUCCCUUGUUUCUAGUUCUCAUGAACCAAUUUUAAGGACUAAAGUACCCUAUGAUGAAUCAAUGGUGGAUUGCUUACUAUCAACCUUGAAGAAUUUUGCAAGUGAAGGCCAUUUAUUGAAAGCUUUUAGAACUUUUGGUCUUAUUCAGUUGAAUGUACCCUCACAAUCUCCAUGCCACACAGUGCUACAGUCCUUAUCAUCUCUCUUCCAAUGUUGCACGGAACUCAAGUCAUUUAGUGAGGGCAAACAGCUACAUGCCUAUGCUAUUACUUCUGGUCUUGCACACCAUGCCAUGUUGGUUCCUAAAAUAAUCACCUUCUACACAACAUUUGGUUUACUUCUUGAUGCUCACAAAGUGACUGAAACAUCAAAUGUUUUGCAUCCUUUGCCAUGGAACCUUCUCAUUUAUUCCUAUGUAAAAGUUAGGCAGUAUGAUGCUGUUCUAUCUGCUUAUAAGCAAAUGGUAAGUAAGGGAAUCUGGCCUGAUAAUUUCACCUAUCCAUCCGUUCUCAAGGCUUGUGGAGAACAGGCGAAUCUUUCUUUUGGAAGGGAGGUUCACAAGUCUAUAGAUGCUAGUUCUUCGAAAAGAAACAUGUUUGUUGAUAACGCUUUACUGUCAAUGUAUGCUAAGUGCGGGGAACUGGAUAUUGCUUGUCAGAUCUUUGAACGAAUUCUAGUUAAGGACGCUGUUUCUUGGAACGCGAUGAUUUCUGGAUAUGCCUCUAAUGAUAUGUGGAGUAAAGCCUUUGAUCUUUUUGAAAGAAUGAUUUUUAAAGGUAUUGAGUUGAAUAAUAUCACUUGGAAUACCAUAGCUAGCGGGUGUACAAAAACGGGCAACUUUGAAGGUGCUUUUGAGUUGCUCUCCCGGAUGAGAAAUUGCGGGUUUGUGUUGGAUCCUGUGGCUGUUCUUAUAGGUCUAGGAGCAUGUUCUCAAACUGGUUUGAUAAGGAUUGGGAAAGAAAUUCACUGUUUGGCCAUUCGGAGUCAUUUUCAGGAUUUUGAUAAUGUAACAAAUGCAUUGAUUACCAUGUAUGCUAGAUGCAAAGAUCUAAAACAUGCAUAUACUAUAUUUCAGUUGAAAGAGAGUAAAAGUAUAGUUUCCUGGAACUCCAUCAUAUCUGGAUUUGCACAUUGCGGUAGAUAUGAGGAAGCCUCAUUCUUUUUUCGGGAAAUGUUGCUUUGCGGAUUUAAGCCAAAUUAUGUGACAAUAGCAAGCAUACUUCCAUUAUGUGCUCGGGUUGCGAAUCUCCAACAUGGAAGAGAGUUUCACUGCUAUCUCUGUAAGCAUGAAGGGUUUGAGCAACAAUUGAUAUUAUGGAACUCUCUUCUGGAUAUGUAUGCAAGAUCAGGAAAAGUGUAUCUAGCCAAGAAACUCUUUGAUUCCAUGAGCAAGAAAGAUACAGUGACAUACACUUCAUUAAUAGCUGGAUAUGGUGUCCAAGGAAAUGGAAAAGAAGCGAUUAGACUUUUCAUGGACAUGAUUAGGUCCCACAUAAAACCAGACCAUGUCACCAUGGUUUCCAUAUUAUCAGCUUGUAGUCAUUCUGGUCUUUUAGACCAGGGAGAGAAACUUUUUGAACUGAUGCAAAGCGUUUACGGCGUAACUCCUCAACUGGAGCAUGUUUCGUGUAUGAUUGAUCUCUAUGGAAGGUCAGGUUUACUAAAAAAGGCUCAACAUAUUAUCAUGAAGAUGUCAUUUGAGCCAACAGAGGAAAUGUGGGCCACACUGAUUGGGGCAUGCCGAAUCCACGGGAACACCGAGAUUGGUGAGUGGGCAGCUGAGAAAUUGCUGGAAAUGAGGCCAGAUAAUUCUGGGUACUAUGUUUUGAUAGCAAACAUGUACGCUGCUGCUGGCAGUUGGAAUAAACUGGCUAAUGUAAGAACCUUAAUGAGGGACUCAGGUGUGAGGAAAGAUCCAGGAUGUGCUUGGAUUGAUAUGAAAGCUGGAUUUUCCUCCUUCAUGGUUGCAGACACCACAAACAGUCAAAGAUUGGAAAUUUAUUCUCUGUUGGGAGGGCUUACUAGGCAAAUAAAAGACGCUUCACACUCGUCUAAUGAAGAGUCGACAUCAGAUGAAGAAGAAGCUUAUGAGGCAUUGGCUGCGUAGAACUUUGACAGAAACAUUUUUCUUCUUUUGAAGAGUACACGUGUCUGUAGUGACAAGAGGUGAAACAUUAGACCUCCCGGGGGGGAUAUCAUAGUUUCAAUUCUUGAAAUCCUUUUGUGCAACAAUUGACCAAAGCAUUAGUUGGCAUUCAUUCAAAUAUGCUAAUGCAUUCUGAAAAAUUGCUGGAAAGAUUUUCUUGUAUCUUCAGUUUCUUUUUGGGAAGAAUCCGUUAUUUCUCGAGGAAGGUUUGAGGACUUUGAAUCUGAUGCUGUGGGAGAGACGAUGGAGGGUGAUAUAGUUCAUGCAAAGAUUAAGAAUUCUGUUUCUGCAGUUGCGAAGCAUAACUCCACAGUCCCCCCCCCUGAAGGGAAACAUUUAUCCAGAUGGGUAAAUUUGAUCAUCUUUGCUUGCUUUAGUCAACUCACUAGGUAUACUACACUUAUGUGCUCAUAGGGAAUCUUCCUAAGCCACACUUUCUUGAUAUGGAUACUGGAAGUGAUUUGACGUGGAUCCAGUGUGGUGCUCCCUGAACUAGCUGUGCCAAGGACUGCCGGUUUUAGAACCACAACCUGUUCAUACUUCAUAGUUUUAGAGAAUGUGGAACUGUGAACCGUCAGUUCCAGUUUGGAACAGGACACUUCUGGCUUGGAACUGUAAAAAAAGAAAAAAAAAAUGGAGUAGGCCAGAAGUAAUGAGAUAUGAAGAAAUUGUGGAUAUUUGUUCGGAGACAGGUCGGAGGCAGCUUCAAUGUAAUGGGUAGUGGAUAUGACUGUGUAUCUGUAAAUUUGUUCGAUUUAUAUUGUGUUACUAUUCAGACUCUCAACUCGUGCGAUUCAUGUACUUGCUGUUUGGCAGAUCAAACCUAAAAUUGUAAUCACCUAAAAUUAAUCAAACCUAAAUUUUAAG